AUGCAGAUGUUGAGGGAUUCAAAUGUUCAUGUGCAGACUUUCCGAAAUGCAAUGGAUAGAUUUAACGAUGAAUCCGAGUGCGAAGACGUCAAGCUGGUUUUGAUUCACAACCGACAAAAAGAUGGACGAGUUUACAAUCUCCCUACUUCAUCUGAGGUUGCAGCUUUGGUGCCCGGUGAUUUCCAACUACAUAUGGACAAAAGGGAUAUUAUUUUGGAGAAGUAUUCUGGUAAGCUAAAACGGAUCAACGAGUUGUAUCCGUGUUAUCUACCACUACAAUAUCCACUUAUCUUCCCUUACGGAGAGGAUGGGUUUCGUCUUGGCAUCCAGAACGGUUUCACAGGAUUCAACAAAAACAAGAAGCCAAAUAUUAGCAUGAGAGAGUUCUUUGCUUACCGCAUUCAAGUCCGUAGUGUGGGUUCUCAAGUUCUUCUCUUUUCAAGGAGGUUACUACAACAGUUUUUGGUGGAUGCUUAUACGAUGAUUGAGUCGCACCGACUUCGGUAUAUACGGAAGAACCAGGGAAAUUUGAGAUCUUUGAAUUAUAGUAAGUUUGUGGCUGCUGCAAGUGAUGGGUUUUCUUCCUUGCCCAUUGAAGGAAACCGUAUUAUUAUACCAUCUUCCUUCACUGGUGGACCAAGGUACAUGCAUCAAAUGUAUUUGGAUGCAAUGACUAUUUGCAAACACUAUGGAUUUCCAGAUCUGUUUAUUACAUUUACAUGUAAUCCUAAGUGGCCUGAGUUGACAAGAUAUUUUCAGAAAUAUAAUCUCAGAGCAGAGGAUAGACCAGAUUUGUGUUGUAGACUAUUUAAAGUUAAACUUGAUACUUUGAUGGAUGAUUUAACCAAGAAACAUUUGCUUGGGAGAACCGUGUCUGUUUAUACUAUAGAGUUUCAGAAAAGAGGUCUUCCACAUGCCCAUAUUCUGUUGUUCAUGGACUCUAGAGACAAAUUUCCAACAGCAGAAGAUAUUGAUCGCAUUAUUUCAGCUGAGAUUCCUGAUAAGGAAAUGGAGCCUCGAUUGCAUGAUAUUGUCAAAGACACAAUGAUUCAUGGUCCAUGUGGAGUGGUUAAUAAAAGUUCUCCUUGCAUGAAUGAUGGGAAGUGUACUAAAUUUUUCCCCAGAAAGAAUGUGGAGAAAACAACGGUUGACUCUCAAGGUUAUCCCAUUUACCGGAGAAGGGAAGAUGGUCGUUUUGUAGAGAAGAAAGGAAUUCAGCUGGAUAACGGAUAUGUGGUUCCUUAUAACAAGAAUCUCAUGCUUCGUUACAAUGCUCAUAUCAAUGUUGAGUGGUGUAAUCAGUCUCGAUCGAUUAAAUACUUAUUUAAGUAUAUCAACAAAGGAUCUGAUUGUGUGACAGCAGCAGUUACUCAGAAGGCUAGCAAGAAUUCAACUGGAGCUGAAGCUUAUGAGAAUACUGUGAAUCGCGAGGAAGGUACAAACGGUGCUGGACUAGGAGUUGGAAUGGACAAUGCUGGAGAAGGAGUUCGUAUGGACACUGCUGGAGAAGAAACAGAACCACUGGUAGAUGAAAUUAAAAAGUAUUUCGAUGCUAGAUACAUUUCUGCUUGUGAGUCAACUUGGAGAAUUUUAGCUUUUCCGACGCCUUAUCGAGCUACACCUGUUGAGAAGCUAACAUUCCAUUUAGAAGGUGAUCAACCCGUAGUCUACAAGGAAGGUGAUACAGUGGAAUCAGUUAUGGCUCGUGUGAAUGUACAGAAGACAAUGUUCCUAGCUUGGUUCGACUGUUGUGAAAAAUACCCUGAAGCUAGGUUACUGACUUAUGCAGAGAUGCCCACUAGGUUCAUAUAUGAUUCCAAGGCAAAAGUCUGGAACAGACGGAAAAAAGGUUUUGCAAUUGGGAGGUUGCAACAUGUAUCUCCAAGUUCUGGACAACUUUAUUAUUUGAGAGUAUUGCUAAAUAAGAUAAAAGGUCCACGAUCCUAUGAAGAGAUAAAGACAGUAGAUGGAGUUGUUCAAGCGAGUUUUGAGGAUGCAUGUUAUAAGCUAGGUUUGUUAGAUGACGACAAGGAGUACAUUGAAGGUCUUAAAGAAUGUGCUUUUUGGGCCUCAGGUUUGGUGUUGACUGAAGAACAAAUCCUCAAUUGUACGCUACUUUUGAUUGAUAAGGUUUUGCGCAGUAAGAAUAGUCGUUUGGCUAACUGGGAGACGAUGCCAAAGCCUAUAGAUAACGAGGUAUCAAAUACAGAGAAUCAGCUAUUACAGGAUGAGCUUAACUAUCCUCUUGAUGAAUUGCGUGUACAACACCAAAACUGGUUCGCACAAUUGACAGAUGAGCAGAGGGGUGUCUACAACGAGAUUAUGGAGUCUGUCAAUUCAUCAUCAGGCGGUGUGUUUUUCGUCUAUGGCUUUGGUGGCACAGGGAAAACUUUUUUGUGGAAUAUUCUAUCUGCUGCUGUACGCUCGAGAGGUGAUGUGGUUCUUAAUGUUGCUUCAAGCGGAAUAGCUGCAUUGUUGCUGCCUGGUGGAAGAACUGCACAUUCAAGGUUCAGCAUCCCUAUAAAUCCGGACCAAUUUUCAACUUGCAAGAUACAACCGGGUAGUCACCAGGCAGAAUUGAUAUCUAAGGCAUCUCUUAUUAUAUGGGACGAAGCACCGAUGAUGAGCAAGCAUUGCUUUGAGUCUCUUGAUCGUAGUCUUAACGGCAUUAUGAAGACUACAGACGACAGGCCUUUUGGUGGGAAAGUUGUCGUUUUCGGAGGUGAUUUUAGACAGAUCCUACCCGUAAUUCCCAAGGGAAAUCGUGCUGAUAUAGUUAUGGCUUCUCUUAAUUCAUCUUAUUUGUGGAAGCAUUGCAAAGUCUUGCAGCUAACCAAAAAUAUGCGGCUUUUUUCUGAGCCUGAUUGCCGUGAAGCUGAGGAAAUUAAGGAGUUUUCAAAAUGGAUAUUGGAUUUAGGAGAUGGAAAGAUUAAUGAGCCGAACAGUGGAGAAACUAUGAUCGACAUUCCUAAGGAUCUGCUGAUUGAUCAGUGCACUGAUCCUAUCCAGUCUAUAGUUUCAGAGGUUUAUGAAUCUACUUUCAAAGAUUCGAAUGACCCCAUUUUUUUCCAGGAGAGAGCUAUUUUAUGUCCAACCAAUGAAGACGUUGAUGUCGUAAACAACUACAUGCUUGACCAUUUAAAAGGGGAGGAAAGAAUAUAUUUGAGCUCUGAUAGUAUUGACCCAGCUGAUUCAAACUCAAGAGAUGACUCUGUUUUCACUCCUGAAUUUCUGAAUAGUAUAAAAACGUCAGGCUUGCCUAAUCAUGCUCUCAGGCUAAGGAUUGGUACACCCGUGAUGUUGCUUAGGAAUAUGGAUACUACAGAAGGUUUGUGCAAUGAGACCAGGUUGCAGAUAAUGCAAUUGGGUAAUCACAUUAUUCAAGCUAAGGUAAUCACCGGGACUAGAGUUGGUGCGAAGGUCUGGUUACAUCGUCUGCUGAUAUCACCGUCUGAUUCUAAGCUGCCUUUCAAGAUGAGGCGUAGGCAAUUUCCAUUGAAAGUUGCAUUUGCAAUGACAAUAAAUAAAAGCCAAGGUCAAACAUUAGCGAAGGUUGGUUUGUUUCUACCUAGACCAGUAUUUUCUCAUGGACAAUUGUAUGUUGCUGUGUCUCGUGUGAAGUCAAGAAAGGGAUUAAAGAUUCUUAUCACUGAUAAGGAUGGGAAACCUCAACAUUCGACUAUGAAUGUCGUGUACAAGGAGGUUUUUCAGAAUAUAAAUCAAGUCUCUGAAUUUUAG